AUGGAUCUUCACACAAAUCUCAGAGAUCACUCUUACACCUCACAGCCAAUGCAUCUUCAAGAAACCUACCUGAAGCCUAAUAUGAAAUUAGAUGAUGAAUCUCCUUUUGGGGUUCCUAAUUCAUCAUCACAGGGUUUCUUGCAAGAUUUUAAUUACCAUGUUGAUCAUCAUCAUAACCAGGUUCACCUUAAUGGGUCUUCUUCAUCCAACCCAGCUUUUGGGAUUCAUACUUGGAGUUUUGAUUCUUUUGACAAUUUUGAUGUUUACGAGUGCAAGCCUUUUGUUGAGAUCAAUAAGGGGCAAGCUCUGAUUUUGGAUAAUACGCAAUAUGGAGCUAAUUGUAGCUUGAACGUCCCUCAGAGAAGUCAUCAAGUCAAUAAGAACCAAACCUAUGUGCCUUCUUUCAAUUCUCAGGAAAUUACAAAGCCUGUGAAUUUUGUUGUGCCAGAUGAACUCUCAUGCAUAUACCCUUCCAUGAAUUAUUACAGAAAAGUUGGCUUCAUCAAUAAGAAAAGUAAUAGGGUAUCAUCGUCUCUAACCAGUACUAGAAGGAUGAGUAACAGGCUUCGCAAGAAAUCCAACUCUGUAAAGGGCCAAUGGACCAUAGAAGAAGAUAGGUUGUUGAUUCAAUUGGUAGAACAAUAUGGAGUGAGAAAGUGGUCUCAUAUUGCUCAGAUGUUGCCAGGAAGAAUAGGCAAACAGUGCAGAGAGAGAUGGCAUAAUCAUCUAAGACCUGACAUAAAGAAGGAGACAUGGACAGAAGAAGAAGACAAAAUACUGAUAGAAGCGCAUGGAGAGAUUGGAAACAAAUGGGCAGAGAUAGCCAAGAGAUUGCCAGGAAGAACAGAAAACUCCAUAAAGAACCAUUGGAACGCGACAAAGAGAAGACAAUUCUCAAAGAGAAAAUGUCGCUCAAAGAACCCAAGAACCUCUCUUCUGCAAGAAUAUAUCAAAAGCUUGAACUUAGACCAAAACCCACCAUUAGACUAUCGCAAAGGAUCAUCAUCAUCAUCAUCUUCUGCUGCUACUAACACUGCUGCAACCAUAAGAGAACCUGAUGAAGCAUCUCACUCUCAGUUAAUACGUACUGCUUCCAAUGAGGAUCGAUUGGUGGCGAAUUGCGGGUUUAAGGAGGCCGAAGAGUUUUGCUUUGACGAGAGCUUUCUCGGAGAAGGUGGGUGCAGCAACAUUGAAUGUGUGCUAGACGACGACGACGAUAUGGGUCGUGAGAAGUUUGAAGAAGAUCAGAAGGAGGAGCUGGAUUUAGUGGAGAUGAUGUCUCGGGUCAAUCAAACUAUUAUUGAUAUGUAA